UGGACACCACGCCUGCGCCCGGGCCUGGCGGAGGGAGUGCCAGGCCGGCCCCGCCCUGGCUCGGUGACUGAUCGGCAGUGAUUACUGAGCCUUUAGUGGUCCGCUUGCCUGAGAAUUUAUUCUAGGAUGGAUAAAUAAUGCAUCCAGGUUUAUGUAGUCCAAGGCAAGCCGUCAGUCCGGAGCCAGUAGAGGGAAACCAGGGAGCCUGGCGGGUGAGGCCAGCAGCCACAGGGGCCAAGCCAGCAGGGCUUGAGGAAGAGCCAAGGGAAGUGGAUGACAGCAUGAUCGACCCCGCGGGUCCGGCUGGGCGGCUGCAGGAACAUGCUGAGUCCAAAGAUCAGGCAGGCCAGGAGGGCCCGCUCCAAAAGCCUGGUGAUGGGGGAGCAGAGCCGGAGCCCUGGGCGGCCACCGUGCACACAGAGGCCUGGCCCUGUGCUGAAGGCAGGCUGGCUGAAGAGGCAGCGGAGCAUCAUGAAGAACUGGCAGCAGCGCUGGUUUGUGCUGCGUGGGGACCAGCUUUUCUACUACAAGGACAAAGAUGAGACCAAGCCCCAGGGAUUUAUUUCUCUACAAGGGACUCGAGUGACUGAACUUCUUCCUGACCCUGAGGACCCAGGGAAGCACCUCUUCGAGAUCAGCCCAGGUGGUGCCGGGGAGCGGGAGAAGGUGCCGGCCAACCCAGAGGCGCUCCUGCUCAUGGCCAGCUCCCAGCGUGACAUGGAGGACUGGGUGCAGGCCAUCCGCCGGGUCAUCUGGGCCCCACUUGGCGGAGGUACUACCCGUAGCUCGCGUGCCCACCCCGUAGAACCCUUGCCUCCAGGGAUCUUUGGGCAGCGCCUGGAGGAUACAGUCCACCAUGAGCGGAAGUACGGGCCCCGCCUGGCACCCCUGCUGGUGGAGCAGUGUGUGGACUUCAUCCGGGAGCACGGGCUCACCGAGGAGGGUCUCUUCCGCAUGCCGGGCCAGGCCAACCUGGUGAGGGACCUGCAGGACUCCUUUGACUGUGGAGAGAAACCACUGUUUGACAGCACAACGGAUGUGCACACGGUGGCCUCCCUGCUGAAGCUCUACCUGCGGGAGCUCCCCGAGCCUGUGGUCCCCUUCGCCAGGUACGAGGACUUCCUCAACUGCGCCCAGCUGCUCACCAAGGACGAGGGGGAGGGGACUCUGGAAUUGGCUAAACAAGUGUGCAACCUUCCUCAGGCCAAUUACAACCUGCUUAGAUAUAUCUGCAAGUUUCUGGAUGAAGUUCAGUCUCACUCAAGCGUCAACAAGAUGAGUGUCCAGAACUUGGCAACUGUGUUUGGACCUAACAUUCUACGACCACAGAUAGAGGACCCCGUGACCAUCAUGGAAGGCACCUCCCUCGUGCAGCACCUGAUGACUGUCCUCAUCCGCAAACAUAGCCAGCUCUUCACUGCCAUGGCCCCGGAAGGGCCCACCUCCCUCCGUGGGGCCCCGCAGUGCACAGUGGGCUGGGGCUCCGAGGAGAUCACCAGGGACAGCCACGGAGGGCCUGGUGGCCCCAUUCUUCCCGUGCAUAGGACCUCCUCUCUGGAUGGGGCCACUGUAGCGAUGCUCUCCAGAACCUCUUCCACAGGGCUGAGCAGCCGUCCUAUAGCCACCUGCCCAGGGAAGAAGGUGCAGACGCUGCCCAACUGGAAGUCUUCCUUCCGGCAGCCGGGGUGCCGGUCGGGGAGUCCCAAGGGAGGCAGUUCAUCCCUGGAGGUGCCCAUCAUCUCUUCUGGCGGGAACUGGCUCAUGAAUGGGCUGUCCUCCCUGCGGGGCCACCGUCGGGCCUCAUCGGGAGACCGCCUCAAGGACUCCGACUCUGCACAGAGACUCUCUACCUAUGACAACGUGCCCCCAGCCAGCCUCGCGCCCAGCUCCCCCAGCGUGGCCAGCACAGCAUGGUCUGGGGCCUCGUCCUCGGGGGAGGCCUCUGGAGGAGGUUCCCUGGGCAGCUGCACGGCCUGCCGCGCCAGCGACUCCUCGGCCCGCAGCUCCCUGCACGCAGAGUGGGCCCUCGAGCCUUCCCCCCUCCCUAGCAGCAGCGAGGAUCGCCACUCCCCAAACCUGGGCCACAGCCCAGAUGAGGCAGCUGCGGGUGCCAGCAGCAGCGAGCCCAGUGAGCUGGGCAGCCCAGGCCGCGAGCACGCACGCCGCGCUCAGGCGCUGCAGGGCCUAGUGGUAGAGCUCAGGGCAGAGCUGAGCCGGCAGAGGACUGAGUACGAGACGAGUAUGAAAAGGCUUGAAGAAGGUAGUGCUGAUCUGAGAAAACGAAUGUCCUGCUUAGAAGAAGAACUGGACCAGGAAAAGAAAAAGUACAUCAUGUUGGAAAUAAAGCUGCGGAACUCUGAGCGGGCACGGGAGGAUGCCGAGCGGAGGAACCAGCUGCUGCAGAAGGAAAUGGAGGAGUUUUUUUCAACCCUGGGAAGCUUGACUGUUGGGACAAAAGGUGCCAGAGUCCCUAAAUAGAAGGAAGGGCAGAGCUUACCUCUGUGUUGUCUGCUGGUUCUCGCCAUACAAGGAGCUAGGUGCCUCUAUAGCUGGGACCAGGCUGGGCAGGGCCAGGUGCCCUGGAGCCAGCUGGAGAGAGAUCCUGACCCCACCCUACCCCCAGGUACCCCAGGUGGGAUCUGGAUGCUGCUCCAACCAUGCGGAGCUUGGCGAGGGUCAGAAGGGGGCAGUGAUUAGCCCCUCACCCAGGAAAAGUCCCCCAUGGCCACCUAAAUGGAUGGCACCCGGGAUCUGGGUAGCCACAGAACAGUUUGCUUUAUUAAAUUUGUUCA